AUGGAUCUUGACCUUGCACUUCGGGUGAAUGAACCUGCCGCUCUAACGGAUGCAAGUUCUGAUGAUGAUAAAAAGAACUUUGAGCGGUGGGAUCGUUCAAAUCGCAUGUGUCUCAUGAUCAUGAAGCGUGCAAUUUCAGAAAUUUUCAAGGGCUCCAUAGCUAAAGGGGCAAAUGCCAAGACAUUUCUUGAUGCCAUAGAGGAGCGUUUUGCCAAGAAUGAGAAGGCUGAAACAAGUACUCUCUUGGCAAAACUUAUCUCCAUGAGAUACAGAGGCAGUGGAUAUGUCUGUGAGUACAUUAUGGAGAUAUCUGAUCUCGCUUCAAAACUAAAGGCACAUAAGUUAGAGUUGUCUGAUGACUUGUUCGUGGACUUGGUUUUAAUAUCCCUUCCCACACAAUACAGUCAAUUCAAGGUCAGUUACAACUGCCAAAAUGAUAAAUGGACUCUUAAUGAGCUCAUUUCUCAUUAUGUGCAAGAAGAGGAUAGAUUGAAGAAUGAAAAGACUCAAAGUGCUCAUUUCAUCUUUGCCUCUAAGGAUAAUGGCAAGAAAAGACCUAAAGCAAAAGAAGCUGCUAGUUCACCUCAAAAGAAGUUACAGAAGCAACAACAAGAUAAGGCUUCUACUUGCUUUUGUGUAAGAAGAGUGGACAUAUGA